AUGGCCUCAAUAAAUUCCGAAAGGGCCAACCCCAAUCCGACGCCGGAUGCACCCAGCGUUCGAUGGCAAUUCAUCGACGCGUCCAAUAACAGCCGCAGCAACCUUACUCGAGUUAAGCGUCAUGUCAUGCAAGAGUACAUGCGCCAGAAAAAGGGAGGCUCCCGCAACAGCGAAAGUGAAGAUGACCAAAGUCGUCCAGUCGCCACGGGUCGUCGGUCCAAAAAGAGCCGCCCCACGAGUCGGAGAACCCCACGAAAGACGCCCAAGGCCGACAAACAAAAUGAACAGCCCACAACUUCCAGGACGAAGCGAAAGAAGGCGACCUCUGGGGACAGGCUCAAUCCAACGGAAGAGGUCGAAGAGAUCAGUCGAGAUCUUAUCACCGAGUCCACCGGACCGUCGUCACUACCCAUCGACAUUACGAAAACCACUUUUACCGUGCCAUUCCGGACCUUGCCAUCCACUUCAUCACAUGAACUCCGCAACUAUUUCGAUGACUCGGAGGAAGGGCGUGCCUGCUCACAAGGCAGCUACCCUGCUGAUCCAUGCCAGACACCCUCCUGGUCCUCCUCUUCACCAAUAUCAUCUUUGGGAUUCCCGAGGUCCCCCCGAACCAUGCUCAGCGCUGCCCGAACAGAUCCGUUCAACUCACUCCCCGUGGAAUUAGAUCUCGAUGGCCAGCGGCUCUUUGAUUUCUAUGUGAAUGAGAUGCCGGCAUGCUCCUACGGCUCUCAUUUCCGGUCCGCCAAGGCCCACAACUGGUAUACGAGGGUCUUUGUGCCCGAGGCCAUGAAAGGUGCGGUGGCCUUUCAAAACACCGUCUUGGUACACGCGGCCAAUACCUGGGCGUGGGUCCGCAACCAGACCGAAACCCCGGAUACUCUCCUCCAUCGCGACCGAGCGGUCUCGAUGCUCCGCGAACAUCUCACCCGCCAUCCGCAUGACAACUCCGACGUGGCCAUUGUCUCCUGCUUGAGUGCGGCCGCCCUGGAAGACUUUGAUCCUCGCCCGGGCCACAAGGAGAUCAGCUGGGUUCACAUGCGUGCGGCUCGGGAAAUGAUCCGAUCCCGAGGAGGCUCAGCCGCGUUUGAAAAUACUCGACUGGGGAUGUUGAUCAACUGGCAAGAUUACAUUCUGUCCGGGUAUGAAACGCACGGCAAUACCUUCUUCUUUGACCAGCCUUCACCGACCUCUCCGGCCUCGCCGAGAGUGCGAAGUCUGUCGACUCAGUCCUCCUACAACAAUCUACACUCCCUGCCAUCCCCACCCGACUCCACCUCCUCGGCAUGCUCGGACUUGACAGCAUGUCCGGAUCUCACUCAAGCGAUCGUUGUCACAUCAGGGCCAUCCCCCAUUGAUGAAAUUCGACUGCAGUGCGAAGAAUUCCUCGACUUCCUUCGUCGCUGCGAACAGCUCGCUCUCUACCAGCGUGACAAUUCAGCGGCAUGCGACAUGGCCCGACACACUGCGGUUCAGGACACUUCUCUCUUGCGGCGGAUCCUCGCCGCGCCCGCCGGGGCUCGAUUCACGGCCUCGGGAGAUCGAAAGCAGAUGGUGGCCCGGAUGACUGCGCUCAUGAUGCUCAACGCGGCUCUGUGGGAUUACCGAUAUUCCCCGGUGCGCACCGGGACGUUUCUCCGUACACUGGAACAGGCCAUGACUGACAGUGAAGUCAGCAUGAGUGGAUCCGUCGAAGCGAUUCUUCAGAUCCUACUUGAGUGCAAUGAUGGUCCCCUCGAGACCUGGGCCGCUGGGAUGGAUGGUUCCGUGACUCCUACCCACCCCGACGCGAGCCCGGAUUUUUCACAAUACCGCCCCACGGCAAACUCCCCCUCUGCCCGUCCUUGGUUUGUUGGCCGGAUGUUGAAGAUCGCCAAGCGACUAGGGGCGGAUUCGUGGUAUCGGGUCAAUGAAUUCCUUUUCGCAUGCCUGACCUUACAAGUAUGCGAACCCGGGGUUUGUUUGACGGAGCCCGAUCUACGCCGAGAAAUCCUCGAAGCACCUCUGACAAGCUACAUCAUGCCGUCACUUUGCUGA